GUUGGUACAACGGCAACCAAAAAAAUCGAUGUCUACCUCCCGCUGCACACCAGCCAGGACAAGCUGCAGCCCAUGACCGUGGUGACGAUAGCGAACGCCAAGGUGCAUGACCUGAUUGGACUCAUAUGCUGGCAAUAUACAAGUGAGGGACGGGAACCAAAACUAAACGACAACGUCAGCGCCUACUGCCUGCACAUCGCCGAGGACGACGGGGAGGUAGACACAGACUUCCCCCCGCUGGACUCCAACGAGCCCAUCCACAAGUUUGGGUUCAGCACGCUGGCGCUGGUGGAGAAGUACUCGUCCCCGGGGCUGGCCGCCAAGCAGUCGCUCUUUGUCCGCAUAAAUGCUGCUCAUGGAUUCUCCCUUAUUCAGGUGGACAGUAUGAAGGUCACCAUGAAGGAUAUCUUACAAAAGGCCUUAAAGAGAAGGAAGGGAUCCCAGAGAGGCUCAGGUUGGUGCUGGCUGCAGGCAGCGGCGGGGCUGCGUGAUGGUCGCUGCAGAGCCGCACAUCCAUUACUGCAAAUAUUUAUUUACGAUAACAAAGCUAUUGGCAUUCCAGUCCAGCUAGCG